CUCCCCCCCUCCCUCCCUUUUCCCUCCAGCUCACUUUGUGGGUCCCACUGUCAACACGGCCAUCAUGCUGACGGGCAGCGCAGUGGACCUGGAGAACCAGGAAAAUGUGCCUCCGGAGGCAAAAGCGGUUCCCAAGGCGGAGGGUGUUGCUGGACACCGACUGGCGCUGGGGCUUCUGCAAGCUAAUCAACGCCGCUGCACCCAGCCACAGGCUCCCCGUAGUCAAAUACCUUGGAGUACAAACGAUGAGAAUUAUCUUGGUGUCCCCAAUGGUAAAAUGGGAAACAAACAGCCAGCUUUUACUAUCCACUUGGAUGAGGCUGAUAACAGGAGACAAAAGAAACAUAUGCCCAGCAAAAAGACCUCACCCGGUGAAGAGGCUAUAGGCUUGAAGGCAGUUGUUGCUUCAAUGGGAACCAGAAAACCUCUUACUCCUAUAGAUAAUCCAAUGGAUCUUAGUUCUGGGUCACUGAGUAUUAUGGAUAUGUCAAUAGAAGCAGAACAGAAAAUUAACGUUAACCAUGUCCCAGACUAUAUUGAGGAUAUCUAUAAGUAUCUUAGAGAAAUGGAGGUGAAAUGCAAACCCAAAGUGGGUUAUAUGAAGAAACAGCCUGAUAUUACAAAUAAUAUGCGCGCUAUUCUUGUGGAUUGGCUAGUGGAAGUUGGUGAAGAAUACAAACUACAAAAUGAAACCUUGCAUUUGGCUGUAAAUUACAUUGAUAGGUUUCUCUCUUCAAUGUCAGUGCUACGAGGAAAACUUCAGCUUGUGGGAACUGCAGCUAUGCUACUUGCAUCAAAGUUUGAAGAAAUCUACCCUCCAGAAGUAGCAGAAUUUGUUUAUAUCACAGAUGACACUUACACAAAGAAACAAGUUCUCAGAAUGGAGCACUUAGUCCUGAAAGUUUUGUCAUUUGAUCUGGCAGCUCCUACAAUAAAUCAGUUCCUUUCUCAAUACUUCUUACAUCAGCCAGCCUGCUCUCUAGUGGAAAACUUGGCAAUGUACUUGGGUGAACUAAGUUUAAUUGAUGCAGACACGUAUCUUAAAUACUUGCCAUCAAUAAUAGCUGCUGCAGCAUUUCAUAUAGCAAACUAUGCAGUUUCUGGAAAAACUUGGACAGAUUCUCUUGCUGCAAUGACAGGAUAUACAAUUGAAAGUAUUAAGCCUUGUCUCCUAGACCUCCACAAGACCUACUGCAGAGCAGCACAGCAUACACAACAAUCUAUCAGAGAGAAAUACAAGACCAUAAAAUACCAUGCAGUGUCACUCAUUGACCCACCAGAGACACUAGAUUUAUUAUAACAAUAUAAGUGAGAUUUCAAACCUAUAUAUUGUCCAUUGAAAAUGUACAGUUUUAAAUGUGUAUUUAGAUUUCAAUCAAUCUGGUAUAUUACCAUAGCUAAUUAUGAGGUUUUAUACUUUUAUAAUGUUUUAAUGUAAACUUCUGUACAUGCAAUCUUGUUCAAUGUGCUUAGAUGGCGCCCCUUUAAAGCUGUGCAGAAAAAGACUUAAAACCAUGCAGGUAUAAAUGCUGAGUGGCACUGUUCAACCUUUUUAAAAUAAUAUGACCAGUGUGAGGAUUUUCACUCUAAAAAUUGCAAAUCAAGAUAGUUCAAUAGAACAUCUACGUAUAAUAAAGUUACAACAGUAUAUUUCAAAUAGUCAACAAGUGCUCAGUAGCUAAACUAGAGAGAAAUGCUAUGACACUUUUUGCUAACAAGACCCCCCCAGUACUUGAAGGCUGUAUCAGCUAUUAAGGAUAGUGAUUUUUGUUUUCUUUUUAAAUACGCCAUUUAAGUAGCUUUAUAAAUAUUGAAGUAAUAGCUUUUAUUCAAACCAGUGAGUCUGGAAUGUAAAGGAAGAGCUUCCAAUAACAAGAAGGGUAAAAGUAGUUGUUCCCAUUAAAAAAAAAUCUGAUUAAAUUAAAAACCUGCUUUCUGCUAACCUAGUUCAUGAAUCAGACUAACUUAAUGUGUUUCCAACUUAGCAAACCAAUUUCCUGACCCUCAAAGGAAACAGCCACUGAUCAGUGGGGUGGUGUAGAGCUCCUACUGCUAUAUGGCAAUUUCAGUUAAGUUGCUGGAGGAGUACACUGCUCUGCAUCCUGGCUUCAGGUAGUUAGAAUCCUUAGGUUGAGUACCUUUUCUACUCUUGGUAUAAUCUUGAUAUUCUAAUACAGGAUUGAAGCAGUGUGGGUGUUGGGGCAAAUACCAGAUUUUCUAUGUUACAAGGGUUAAAUUUUAUCGAUGGAAGAGACUUUUAUACUUAUAUUUGAGAAACAUUAAAUUCCUAUAAGCAACUAAUGCGCUCCCGGUAAAUAAAUGCAUGAGAUGCGCUCCCGGUAAAUAAAUGCAUGGAAAGACCUAAAUGUAACCAUCUAGAAGCUGGCAAAUAAAAUCCUCUAAAAGGAUCUCGGCUGUAACUUGACUUAUAAAAUGUUUUUUGCAUAUUGAAAUGUUAGUCUGCUACCUGUGUAUUGUGAAACACCUGUCCUUAUACAUAAUCAGAUGAAACAGCAGCAAAGGGAAGGAGUCAAAUACAACAAAACUCUAAGAUUUAAGUGGGGGGGGGGAUUGAUGGUCAAACAACCAAAAGGGCAUAUAUGGUCAACCUACUUCAUUGAAAAGUUCCAAUAAGUAAAUUUUAAUGUCAAAGAACUGACUUAAAGAAGUUCAGCUUAUUAUUGUACAAGGCCAGUCAGCUAAUGCUUGUUUUCCUGUUUUCUCAGAUUCUGAAAAAUGAAUAAUGUCUGUUUCCUCUUGGUGUUUCAUUAGCCAUCAAUCUUAAUUAAUCUUUUCUAAAUUAUUUUUCACCAGUGAUAUAAUCAAAAAUCAUAGAUGUUAUAUGUUUGAGAGACUGGAGUGGGGAGGAAGAUAAAAUAUUCCACCUCUUUCAGCAAAAUGUUUUGAAUAAUCUAAAUUUAAGAUUUAUUUUAUAGAACACAAAGACAAUUUGCAAAAUCUUUAUCUCAGUGUUAUAAAGUUUAUUAGAAAAUUAUUAAUAUAUACAAACACACAUACAGUAUUCCUAUGAAUUGCAUAAUAUAAAUGUUUCUUUUAAGCAGGAAAAGUUUAACAGAAUACAAAAAACAUAA